GCCACCUGUCAGUGUCCAUCAAUGCCAGCUGUCAGUGCUCAUCAGUGCCACCUGCCAGUGCCCAUCAGUGCCACAUCAAUACCACAUAUCAGUGCCUACCAGUGCACAUCAAUACCACAUAGUGCCCACCUGAGCUGCCUUUCAGUGCCACCUAUCAAUGCCAGUCAGUGCCACCUAUCAGUGCUGCCAAUCAGUGCCACCUAUCAGUGCCAUGCCCAUCAGUGAUGCCUGUCAAUGCCGAUCAGUGCCCCCUAUCAGUGUCCAUCACUGCAGCCUCAUUAGCACAUAUCAGUGAAGGAGAAAAAUCACUUAUUUACAAAAUUUUAAAA